GUCGUCGUCCCCUUUGCCCCACAUUUUCGCUGUCGUUGUGAUUUGGCGAAAGCCGCGGGUCACCGAUGUUUACCAUUUCCGAGCUGCUACAUCCAAUCGCAAUGAGUUUCGAAGGACUGGUGUGAAAGAUGCUUUCGGUUGAGCUCGUUCCGGUGACAUGGGCUCUUGUCGCCAUCCCUACGUCAGUGGUUUUGAUUGUCGCUCUCGCUCUGUGCCUUUGUAAGCAAGGGGCGGACAAGUCGCUCAAUUUCUUGGGUGAGAACCACCAAGUAUUGAAUAAGAACUCGCCCGUCGCCUAUAAAGUUCAGAGCACAGACGACCAUCAGAAUGGUGACUUGCGGGGCGACUCUCCUCUAGAGAAAGUUUCCCUCCAUCCCAGCAGGCCAGUGACAGAACGUGCACUGCCAACGCCCCCAGGCCGACCGCAGUCUCUGCCUAAUCCCCUGCCUAACCCGGUCACAACCGCCUGGGAUGGCAGCGGCAGCAACAACAACAACAACAAUGGUGCCACGGCUGCUACAGACGGGCAAGCUCCCACGACACUCGUGCGUCCACACCGAAGGAACAAGGCUCACGCCCCGCCGCCACCGACCACGCCCUCGUCAUCUGCCGCCCCCAUCGUGCUUUCUGCCGGCAAGGGCACAGACACUCCGAGCGAGAGUUCAGAGUCAGAUCCCCUCUACUCGGUGGCAAACGUGCGUGCGCCCAGUUCUUCGGAGGACACCGCGCCGCCCGUCCCCGAAAAGCGCUUCGAUGUCACCGCCGAUGCAGUGGUGGAAAGUGCGCCGCCGCCUGUACUGGAAGAAAUGGUCACUUCAUUUCGACAAGUAAAUGCACCAGCGUCACCUGUGCCCGGCACAUCAACCCAUGGUGCUGCCGAUGCCUUUCCUGUACCACCUGCAUCCGAUUUACCUGGCAGCUCUGUACAACCUACAGGGAAAUCGGACUUGUCCUACACGGUGAUCUCUGUUCGUGAACCGCUGGCAAAAGUUCGCGAGGAGACCAUGAGACAGAAACCAGCACAGGCUGCAGCCGCAACCCAAGAGGCCUACUACACAGAGGUUCCCGAGGAAGAGCAGAUGUAUGCUGAAAUAGAGUCAGGCCACAACUCUGCCGGCUCGUCCGUCACGUACGCUCGCAUCGAGCCAAGGACGACCGAGCCGCACCCGCCAGCGCCCCCUACUGUCGAAAGCCUCAAGUCUGUUGCCCAGGCCCAUUCUAGACAAGCAUCGGUAACAUCUGCGUCAUCGCUCGGUGCACCCAGCCCAGACAUCGACAUCGGGAGCCUGUACACUGCAGUAGACAAGUGCAACAAGCAGAGGCAAACCAUCCACAUAUCAGAAGGCGUGGCAUCUGUCACAGAAGGCCCGGCUAACUUGGACGAGCUGUACGCCAAAGUUCACAAGCCCCAUCGCCAGCCUAUCUCUACAGCCAUCGCCUCGCAGGAAGAAGGGGUUGAGGCAAAGAAAUUCUUGGCAGCACCGUUGCACGAAGCUUUCCUGGUGCACGACAGGCCGCGGUCUAUGCCUCCAAACAUGGAGUCCGUUGUCUCGUGCACCAAUGUCACACUCGUACAAGAGUUAGAAGAGAAAAAAGAACUUGUCGAAGCACUUCCACCACCGCCAGAAGAAUAUGCGGAUCCCGCGUACGAAAGGGUUUACCACCAGGAUUCCAGCGAUACAGAUCCUUGCUAUGAGAGAGUGACUGGAGGGCAUGGAAGUGACGGCAUCUCGGACUCGGGCUACGAGAAGGUAGCCAAGAGGUUCGACAAGGAACCCGACUACGAGACGCUCCGCAAGGACGUCGCGACGGAGUAUUCGGAGGGGGCUACUGACCCUCAUUAUGAGCAGAUUAGGAAGAGUGACAAAGCAUCCGCCGUCUGCGAAGAUGAAGUGGCUACUAGCAGUCGCGGACUGACUCAACAGGACAGUGGCUCCACGGCAGACUACGGCUAUGAGAGGAUAAAGGGUCGCCGAGGUCUCGCCGAUGAUGAAGGAAGCGACCCGGGAUAUGAACAGAUUUGCAGAAGAGGAGAGGACGACACGAGCGACCCCGGCUACGAGCGUAUCCACAGGAGUCACAGCGACGCGUGCAGCCAAGCAGACAGCGAUCCCGGGUAUGAGAGGAUCAGGGAUAGGGGCAGUGGCGAUCGGUCGUGGCGCGGUCGCAGCAAGGGUGGUGACUUCAGCUACAAGAAAGCAGGCGCUCGCCCAGCCGCGGUCACCGCUGGCACCGCAAAGCAAGACAAUAAUGGAUCGAGCGACGAGACAUACGAGAGCGUCCAAGACAACAUAGUUCGAAAGCUUGGCUACAGCCUAAUGAAAGGAACCGGAAGCAGUACAGAAUCGCCGGUACCCAGUCCCGUUUGGAAGCAGGCGUCGGACGACAGCUCCACAUCGGAGCGUGGUGCUGAAGACAGCAGCUCGGAAGAGCCGGGCUACGAAAGGGUCAGGCACAGGGACGGAGCCGACGAUAGAUCCGUUGGCAGGCCGGCGUCAUCUACGAGCAGGUGUCUCGGUGUGCAGGCAAGAAUUUGGAGGUGCAGCGACAGUAAUCUCACGACCAGCGUGGAAACGGCAGAGCGUGCAACCAGCACGUACAGCCUCAAUGCGAACCUCGAUGACAGAGACAGUGAGCCUGCAAACAACACGAAUGGAGAUGCGGCGCUGUAUGAAGUCAUCAGGGGAUCCACGGACACAAGCCUUGAGCUUGUCACAGACAACGAACCAAUUCCCAUCAGUUGGGCACGCAACUCAGCGGGCCGUUCAUCGGAGCACAAAGAACGGGAGUAUAUCUUUUGAGACUUUGGCUGUCAUGAGGUUUUUAACUCUUCUUUAGUGCAAUGGCAUUCUUACCCCAUCUUGCGCGCGUUUUGAAUCAAAUGUGUGCGAGUGCUGCACACAUUGCCGGUGGGAAGUUUUGUCGGCUUCUUAAAACAUUUUAUGAAACUUCCUUUCGUGAAGGUUUACGUGAUUGUGUGUACCUAUUUGUGCAGAGAGGGUUGUUGCAAAUAGUUUUGCUUUGCAGGUGCUCAGCGCACGUGUGUUGCUCCAAGCUGUAAACAGUCUUUUGUACGUUGUGGUCUGUGUUAAACAGAGAGAUUGAGUUAUAAGAUAUGUUGAGAUGUUGCUUAUGUGGUUGGCAUUGUUGCUGUGAGUUGCGUUUAAGAAGCUUUUAGUAAUUAUGCCUGCAGGAACUGCAGUGUCUGUGCUUUUAUUUACACAUUAUAAUCAAAACAGGGUUAAGUGCAUCAUUUGCUGUUCUUUUUCAUCGUAAUGACGUGUUGCGAGGGGCAUUUGCAGCACAUACUCUCAGUUCCUUUUUUUUAGCUGGUUAUGCAUGCGAGUAUGUUUAAGGCGGGUGUUCACUCUUGUGCAAUAAUGGAGGUCGUGACAUCACACAUUCAUUGUCAUCGACCCUGUCAAUCAUUAUCAAUAUAAGGUCUUGAGACAUUAGACACCUAUAAAUGCAUUUCAUAGUGGUGCCGGCAAAUCAACACAUUAUUUUGUUGUCGACUGCUGAAAUAUUGUGUGUAGAGAGUGUCUAUAGGUCUCUCCUGUACAUAGCAUAAUGUGUUUUUCACUAGUACUUGUCAUCUGCAAAUAAUAUAAAAGAAGCAUAGUAAUGGUGAAAUAUCUGGAGGCGUUGCUGGCAACACCAAGGCACCAUUCUGAGUUUACUUAUUUUCUCAAGGACUUGGUUUAAAAGUACAACAGCAAUUUCCGAUCCAUGGAUGAACCAAUUAAAUACCACUAAAUAGUACACUCAAAUCUCGAUAUUACGAACCCAGAUAUAAUGUAAUAUUGGUUAUAACAAAUCAAAUGAAGAAUAGUCUUGCAUUAGAUAUAGUGUUAAUAUAUAUUUAUAACGGAUGUCUGGAUAUCACAAACUUAUAUUAUAUAAGAUGCAGCUUCAUUAUAACGAGGUUUGAGUGUAUUACCAUGUUUUAAAUUCACUGCACUCUCCUUAGACAGGGCUUCAGCUUUAAAAAAAGCAACCCUAUGCAGAAGGACUCCAAAAUCCUCAUCAAGAAUGCCUGUAUAGCUUAGGGAGGGAAUUUAUCGUAAACCUUUGAGAAGCAAGCACAGAACUUAACUGAUAUGGCACUUAAGUGUAUAUGCCUUUUUUUUUUUGUCGCGGUAUCACGAGUGCAUCUGGCAGUUCACUCAUUCCCGCUUAUUGGCUCGUGGUCAGAGGCAGCCAGUGUCUACUUUAUUCGUGAAUCAUUUGAUCAUUAUCAAUUCUGUGCUUUAAAGCUUGCCUGUUUCAAAAAAAUAGGCCAUGAGCAUUGAUUCAUCCAGAAAGCGUAAUUGCAUAGGCUUGUGUAAUCCAGGCAAGAUCAUUGUUGAGGACGAGCAUUGCCCGUUGUCAUUUUAUAUGGCAAUCUAGUUUUUAAUAUUUCACUGGAUGCAGAAAUUUCGGAUGAUACUGGUAUUUUUUUUUACGUUUCAUAAUACUUACACUGCGCACCUUUUACUUCGAGCCUUGAAAAACUUAUCCAAUAAACUAAGGAGGAAAAGGUAUAUUAAUCUGAAUUUGCUACUGAUCUUAUCAGUUUGUCCUGAGAUUUGUCAACAAUUUACUCUCUCACUGAAUAACUUUAUUUGUUCCUGAGGACGUGAUGCCACCCUGUUUUAAAAACUUUUCUAACCUCUUUUUAUAAAUUUCUCAUGAUUGUGACUGUGAAAAAAAAUUUUUUUAGCCGUCUUCUGCAAUCCGCAGCAUCUUCGCUACAUUCCGCAAAUUGCUCUAGUCUGUUAUAUUAACUACGCUUUCAUUUGGCGUACUCAUAUUUGCUACGUUUUGUUCAUUCCUACGUCACUAUGGUUUGGAAGUGGAAGGGGUUUAUAGUUUGUAGAUGCACUUCUUCUGACGGCAGUAAUUUAGAAAGGCGUUACUGAAAUUCACAAACUGUCACACUGUGUGGUAAGAUGCCAUCACUUUCACAGUUUCACAUUCACAUCACUUUCACAUCAUCAGUUUCACAACACUUUCACAUCACUGUCACAGGCUUGCGCGAGGACGAUUGUACUUUUGUGAGGAUUUCCAGUAAAAGCUUUUUUGUUCAACCGUCGUUAAUACUGCAAAUUAUUUUAAUAGAUUUCUGAUCCUGGCAUACUUUCAUUGUUUACUGCACGGUUAGAGAUAACUUGGCCACGUUCACUUGGGCAUGACCCAGAAUGCAGAAUUUGCAUAGAAUCGUAAGUGUGCCCAUUCAUGUGUGCACAUAACAAUGUGCAUAUAACCAGUGUACAGUGAUCUCGUUAACUAUUCACAGUGCCUCACCAAAAAAGUAUUAUUUGUGAUUUGGUGUUAGAAUUUGUGAUUCGGUACACUGACCUAUCGAAAGCGCAGAAAAUGUCGCUUUGAUGUUGCUGUCACUGACAGCAGUCGCCUGUCAGUGACCCGACGUGUCAGGUCUCCGACAUUUGGGACAGUGUCUUUUCCUGCCGUCAUGAAAUCAGAGUCAAUAUGCUUGUGCUCCAAUUAAUAUUUCCUCUGAGGAACAAAGUCUCUUGGGAAAGGCAUUUAGGCUGUUCUGAGUACACCAUUAUUUUGUGCCAUUUAUUUUUUCCUGCCAAGUAUCAACUUUUGCCAUAUACAGAUCAGCGUAACAGAGCCUGUUCAACGGAGUCGUUUACUGCAAUACGAAUCCACAUAUCCAACAACAUUAGAUAUAGUGCUGACUUCUGUUGUCACUUUGUUAAGAGAACACGUUGAAAGCGUUCUUCGGUUGCAUGAUUUAUUUUUGUAUGACGAAGCCUGCCAUAAUACCUUCAUUACGGUUGUUCAUAGUAUGCCUGCUUAUUGCAGGGGUGCAGCUAAUCGUUGCAAUCGAAAUUAUGCAUGCCUUCAUUAAUCAAGCAUGACGUGACGUUCCUGUGUAACCCGGUAUAUUGUUUUUACUUCUGCGCUGGAUUGUCUCCACUAUGCUAAACCUGUUCGUCCACAGCAUUCCAAACAUAGCAUUAGCACAGAAAUCGUGUUAUGUCUUUGGAAGCUCCUUUUUUCAAAUUCUCUGAUGUGUCCAAUAUAAAAAGUUCGCAGUGGUGAUUUGAAAGCAUGAAUUCUAUUAUGUGCUGACUAUUUUAUAGAUUUGUUCUACAGGCUUUCACGAUAGAUUUUAUCCAGUCGUGUCUUUAUGUACUUAUGUAAAAAAAAAAUUCAAUCCUGAAUUCAUUGCAGGUCGCUGCUUUGUGGGUCCUAUUGUCUGCCUUGUGUGAUUGCAAUGGUAUGCCUAAUCUAUAUAACAUAUUUGUUGUCCUUAGGCAAGUUUCUGUUUCUCAGAUUUUAUUGACUGCUUUUGUGAGUCCAUAAUUUUUAAAAAUUCGUGUGUGUGUGUGUGUGUGCCUGCAACGUUAUCUUCAUACAACAUAAUUUAUUCACAUUCCAGUGAGGUGGGAAAUGUGCUGUUGUUAGCUGCCUUGUCUCAUUAGCACACCAAUGUCAAAUUUGCCGUGGCCUUACAUUUUAAAAAAAGCUUUGCAUCGGUUGUUUCUUCAGUUGACCUUGAAAUUCUGCAUUCGUAUUGUUGAUAGACAUAUUAAUUGAUGUGAUUAUGUCAUCAGUUUCUACAAAUUAGGCAUUUUUGCUCAUUUUGAAAAACACUAUGAUAAAGUCUUCAACAUCAA